GCCGCCCGGCCGUGCAUCUGUUUGCGCCUCAGUCGAUGGGAGAACGGUGUACUGAGCGUGCGGCAACUGGGGGCGGCGGGUGAGGAGAUCUCUGGGCAAAAGGGAUGAGCGAGGAGUAUUUCGGCAGUGCUGCGGACUGGGAGGAGCAGGAUGGCUCCAUGCACGAUGAGGAUGAGGGGGAUGGUGAAGAUGAUGCAGAGGUGCAGCAGGAGUGCCUGCAAAGAUUUUCCAGCCGAGACUACAUAAUGGAGCCACCUAUAUUCAACACACUGAAAAGGUAUUUCCAGGCAGGGGGCUCUCCAGAACAUGUGAUCCAGAUGCUUUCUGAGAAUUAUACAGCAGUAGCACAGACUGUAAAUCUGUUGGCAGAGUGGCUGAUUCAGACAGGGGUUGAGCCAUCACAUGUUCAGGAGACUGUUGAAAAUCAUUUGAAAAAUUUGCUGAUCAAACACUUUGACCCUCGGAAAGCUGAUUCCAUAUUCACAGAGGAGGGAGAGACCCCAGCCUGGUUAGAGCAGAUGAUUGCUCAUGUGACUUGGAGAGACCUCUUCUAUAAACUAGCUGAAGCUCACCCUGACUGUUUGAUGCUGAACUUUACAGUUAAGCUGAUCUCAGAUGCUGGAUACCAGGGUGAAAUAACCAGUGUGUCAACAGCCUGUCAGCAGUUGGAAGUUUUUUCCCGUGUUCUCCGCACCUCGCUUGCCACGCUCAUUGAUGGAGGUGAAGAACAUCUGGAGAAAAACCUGCCUGAGUUUGCAAAAAUGGUGUGUCAUGGAGAGCACACAUACCUUUAUGCUCAGUCCAUAAUGUCUGUCCUGGCCCAGGAGGAACAAGGUGGAGCAGCUGUCCGACGAAUUGCGCAGGAAGUUCAGAGAUAUGCACAUGAGAAAGGUCAUGAUGCCAGCCAGAUCACCUUGGCAUUGGGCACUGCUGCAUCCUACCCCCGAGCCUGCCAGGCACUGGGUGCCAUGUUAUCCAAGGGAGCUCUGAAUCCUGCUGACAUCACUGUGUUAUACAAAAUGUUCACGAGUAUGGAUCCACCUCCUGUGGAAUUGAUCAGAGUCCCUGCAUUCCUCGAUCUUUUCAUGCAAUCCCUCUUCAAACCAGGCUCUAAAAUCAACCCUGAGCAUAAACACAAAUACAUCUACAUCCUGGCCUAUGCAGCCAGUGUGGUGGAGUCAUGGAAAAAGAACAAAAGAUUUAAUAUCAACAAAGAUGAGCUGAAAUCAACAUCAAAGGCCAUCGAAACCGUUCACAAUUUGUGCUGCAAUGAAAACAAAGGGGCUUCAGAGUUAGUUGCAGAGCUGGGGACCCUCUAUCAAUGUAUUCGGUUCCCAGUGGUAGCAAUGGGAGUGCUGAAAUGGGUUGACUGGACAGUAUCAGAGCCCAGCUAUUUUCAGUUGCAGACUGACCAUACACCUGUUCACCUAGCACUACUGGAUGAGAUCAGUACCUGCCACCAACUCCUCCAUCCCCAAGUGCUGCAGCUCCUUGUGAAACUGUUUGAGACUGAACAUUCCCAGCUUGAUGUCAUGGAGCAGCUGGAGUUGAAGAAGACUCUGCUGGACAGGAUGGUCCACUUGUUGAGUCGCGGUUAUGUCCUACCUGUAGUCAGCUACAUCCGCAAAUGUUUGGAGAAACUGGACACAGAUAUCUCACUCAUCAGAUAUUUUGUCACAGAGGUACUGGAUGUCAUUGCUCCUCCAUACACAUCAGACUUUGUCCACCUUUUUCUCCCAAUCUUGGAGAAUGACAGCAUUGUUGGCACAAUAAAAACAGAAGGGGAGUGUGAUGCUGUGGCAGAGUUUAUCGCACACUGCAAAUCCAAUUUCAUCAUGAUGAACUAGCACUGUGAAAGAGAAACUGGAAUGGUGAUGAGACCAACAAGCAACCUGAUUCUGACCAACAGCAAGAUGAGAGAGCCGCUCUGAGCAGUAAGACUGAUUGGAAAUGGUGAAAUAUCCACAGAAUGCCUGUGGCAUUCGCCCACACUAUAAAUCUGAUGGCAGGAAUUAUUGACAGAGCAAUUACCAAUCUGCAAGAGAAAUAAUGGGUUUAUAUAUUUUUACAUAAUAGAAGAAAUGUAGAAACAGAUAUUUUGUGUUUUUUUAAUAGGUCUCAAAAUUAUACAGUAUUUGGAAGUGGUGUUGUCAAAAUAAAUAUUUGGACCUGCCUUGUUUUCAUGAA